AUGGCCGCGACUGAAGUUUCCCUGUGCGACGAUUAUAGUCUACCAGUUGAUUUCGUAAAUAAAAGACGUCCUGCCAGUGCCGCGGCUGCAACCUCUACGGUCCAGUGGGCGCUACCGAGUCCUACAGUCGAGAACGCGGAAGUUGAGGUUGUGGAACAGUACAGUGACCCCAGGGACAGCAAGAACAAAGCGUACGUCGAGCCCGGAGCUGAGACAUCUCUGCCGACAAUCUACAGCAAAGUAAAUCGCAACUAUUGCCGACCGUAUACGGAUCCAUCCGCGUCGGGGUCUUCUUGCGAGGAUGACGAGGACGGUCGUCGCGUCGACAUUCGAACGCGCAAGAACAGUUUGUACGCAUCCUCCUCGAGUCGAGCGUUAUCAUUAGAUAGAGACAAGGAGUUAACCUCGGGCGACGGCGGGGUGGUAGACUGCGUGGCCCUGGUGCAUCUCACGGAUCAAUCGCCUACUAUCGAGUCCAAUCAACCGAUCCGUCAUCCAUCACCCUAUUAUUACGGCGAUUUGUUCAAACCACCGGAACAAAUAGGCAAGCCUCAGCCGAACAAAUAUAGAAAGAGCGUGAGCCUCGACGUGCCGGGUGAACGAUCGAGAACACCCGGUAUACCGAAAAGAAAUUCGUUAGCAGGUGAUGGGGGUUCCUAUUCGGCUCAGCAACAGCAGCAGCAGCAGCAGCAGUUAUUGUCGCAGCAGCCGUAUCAACAGCUACAUCUGCAACCGUUACAUCCGCAGCAGCAACAUUAUCAGAGUCAGGAUCUAGUGAGCCCCACGUCGGGGAGCGAGCAUGCUGUCCCAGCCAGAAGCGAGAUCCUCUCGUCGUGUAUCAUCACCGAGUGGGAUCACACCCUCAUGCCUCCUCAUCGAUUGUUGAGCCAUGACCUGCCGACCACGGUCUGUACCUGCGUCGCAUCCGCUGAGGAGGAGGACGAUGAGCUAGAUCGCAGGCAGCCGCAGAUAACGCGGCACCAGGCGCGCAAGUUACGACGUACAAGGAGGAUAGAUCCGCAACCGAUACUCGUCGAGGACGAGGACGACGUGGAGGGAGAGGACGAGGAAGAAGAGGAAGAGGAGGAGGAGGAGGACGUGGAUGCGGAGGAAGACGAGGAAGAAAUGGCCAGGCAACGUCACCUGUACGAGACCGCCUUCGACUGCAAGGUCAAUCGCUCCGACGAUGACCUCGACGAUCUCGAUCGGGUUACCAAUCAUCCCGUGCUGCACUCUCAGAUACGAAGUAGCAGCGCGAUACCGGUAAGCAGGACGAGUUCGUCGACGGACACGUCGAAGCCACAGCAACAGCAGCAAGUCCCUUACGCCGGACAGUCCCAGAGUAGUAAAGAUCGACGCAAAGUCGUACUUCUCCGCCCAAAACCAAUUCCGAGCCGUCUUCAGCAACAGCAACAGCAGCAGCAGCAGCAGCAACAAUCAGACAAUAUUUCUACUCUGUCCCAAGACAUCGAAUCCCUCCAGAUCAAUUCGAGCGACGAGAAAACUGGAUCUCCGCGGCUACCAGCUAGAGGUUAUACCCCGUCGCCACCAUCCACGGCACCGUUGCCCGCCAAGUUCCAUGGCAACCGCGACCAUUUGCUGUUGAACAUACGCAGCACGCCGAAUUUACCCUCGCAACCGGAUCACCCACGGUUGAAGGACCUCAGGUUGCCAGUGAAGUCGCUGUUGAGGACGAAAGACUCGCCGCAGAGCAGCGAGGGCAGCAUUCUCGAAUUCAAGAGCAGGCCAAAGAGUUUCGUUCAAGACAAUGUGGAGUCGUCGCAAGGGCGACGAUUCGACAAGGAGCUGAUCCUGGAGUUUAAAGGCAGGCCGAGGGAGGAGAGACAACGACCGCGAAGCUUGAUUCGUGAGAGCAAACCGAUCAUGGAGUUCAAGGGCAGGCCCCAUGAAGCCGAGAGCGAUAUCCUGCGACCUCGACGCGAUGUCAGCCUGCUGGAAUUCAAAUUGCGCACCAGCAGGCGCAGAGCCGGAUACUCCAGUACAGAAAGCAUGGCUACGAGUAGCAGCGGCGGUAGCAUGGAAUCCCUUCGAAGCAGUACCAGCGAGGGUAACCGAUCCACGAGCAGCUCGGAGAGCCGUCACAGCACCAGUCUGAGUUCGCACAGCUCUGACAGCGGCAGCACCAACUGCUACCAUCACCAUCAACAGCCGUCGAUGACCGGCUUCCUGACGCACCACGCGAACAAGCUGCACAUACUCUCGCCCAUAUCGGACAAAUCGUCCCAAGAGCCUGCGUCUGAGACUUCGGAUAACAACCGCAACAACAACUCGCAGAAAGCCUCGCCAGAGGAGAACGCGACAACCGAGAACAAUAUAACCGCGGCGAAUAACACGAACACCAACACGGUGAACACGAAUUCCGUGACCUCGCCGAUGGACACGUCGUUCAAGAAGAGGCGGACGCCACAGAACAAGAAUCUGAUUAAUCUGGCGUUACAAUCCUCAUCGUCGGGUGAUGCGGAGAUCCAAGGAUCGGACAGCGGAAUAUCGAUCGAGUCGCGGGCUGGGAUCAAGUGCAAACCGUUCGGUUUUCACUUGUUAAAGCCACAGUUGGACAACAUCAACCUCGUCGACAAUGAGCCUGAGCUGUCCGAUCUGCCGUUCGACAUGCCGAAGCUUCGCAGGAGGCGGUUGCUGAUGCAACAGGACGCGACCACGUCCGGUAGCGCGACGAGCGUCGAUCUGAGGGAUUUGCCAUUCGAUAUGCCGAAAUUGAGGCGAAGGCUCAGAUGCAUGCAGAGCACGGAAUCCAGCGGGUCCCAAGCAUCCUCCAGCCUCUCCGUUCGCGACGUUGAACCGCCAGCGUUAUUCGGCGGCGGUCUGGCGCGUCCGAAGAUGACACUGAAUCUGGACGGUGGAAACGGUACGAACAACGUCGGCAACCUCGGUCAGCUAGCACCGAAAAAACCUUGCGGCCUCGCCCUCGGAUUGCCGCUGGAGAUUAGCACCGCCCGCGGAUCUGCCGAUCUCGUCGACGUGGAUCUACCCCUCGAGAGACAAGGAUGGUAUCAUGGAUCCAUCACGAGAAUCGAGGCGGAAGCUGUUCUACGACUUCUGAGAGAAGGAAGUUAUUUGGUGAGGAACAGCGAGUCGACCAAGCAGGACUAUUCCUUGUCGUUGAAAAGCGCUCGCGGUUUCAUGCAUAUGCGCAUCCAGAAGAACGAGGAGCUGAACGCGUACAUUCUAGGCCAGUUCAGCAAACCGUUCGACAGUAUACCUGAAAUGGUUCGCCACUUCAGCGUGAACCGUCUCCCGAUACGUGGCGCCGAACACAUGUGUCUUCUGCAUCCAGUAAUAGCUCAGCUUUUGUAGCGCAUCUAUCGUAGCGCCGUUUAAGGCGCUUCCUACUUUUUGAUAUCCCCUUUACCAAAGAGAAUUAAUUACCAAUGCGAACCUGAAGAGUAAGUUCUUUAUAAGAAAAACAGAAGGAGAAGAUGCGCGAGGACUGUUGAGCAUGGGAAACGAUUGUUCUAGAGGAUAAUCUAGACUUAGUACUUCCAUUGAAUUUUCCAUUCUAGUCUCGCGUUACAGAUCUGAGACUGUGCAAUAUACUGAAGAGAUUUUCUGAGCUUCCGAGAUGAUGAAACGAGAGAGUGAUGGGAUCGAGUCGAAUGAGGUGGACGAGAACUAUUCACGGGAAUAAUACAGUACAAAGCUUUUAAUCAGUAAAAGAGAAGCUUGUUUCCGUAGACUUAGCGAGCGACCUUGAAGUUAGUCUUGUUCGUUAUAAAUAAUCGUUUAAACGAUCGACGUCUGCCUCGCGUCGAGUAGGAGCUUUAUUAGCCGCGGGGAGAAGAAUUAGUUGACCUAUGCGAAACGUUAACCGUGACGCGAUUAUUAAUUCCGACUGUUAGCGACGAGCACUCGUUGUUCUAUAUCGGACACUUUAAAACAGAAAAUAAAAACAAUUGCGUACAGAAACGUUCAAGGAUUGAAUUAGGUUCAAUGAACGUUUCACCACCAGAAAGAAAUCAUCGCGCAAAUCUAUUUCUCCUGUUAGAACCUACACUUUAUUUUCACGAAACGUCAAUUCCUUGCACUCGAUUCGUCUACGCGGUGUCACAUGACGGAUAAGAGAAACUAUUGAAGAUUUUGUGAUAUCAGGAGAUUUCAUAAGACGCGUGUACGAUGUUUGUAACUAUAAGAAAUUAACUUGAAUUGCAAAUUUUGGUCUAGAAUGGUGAAUUCUAAAAUUUCACUGGACGAAGAGAACAAAUUGAUUAUUAAAAAAGAAGGCGAAAACUUCAAUAUGGUUUGGGCGACGAUUGAAAGAAGUUGUGUUCGGUUAUCCUGAUCGAUCGAGUAACCGAAGAUUCGCCAGUGAAAACUCUGCUUAGACAAGCUACUAAGACAGUGUUCGGGGAAGCACCGUAACAGCUUUACAAAAUGGUUGUUCCUUGUGCUCGCGGCUCGCGAAGCCGCGAGUUUCGCGUGUAAGAAACUAUCGAUGGGAUCAGAGUCGUACUACAAGCCGAUAAUCUUAACGAGAAGGUACUUAGAUUUAGAUGCGCGGCUGGCCGACCGACGUGGCCUCCGCGUGAAGGAGCUGGAAGCCAAAGGAAAGAGCUGAGUCGCAUUUUACGUUCGCGCGAAGUGAAAGAAGAAUAGAUGACGAUACGAAGUAUAGAACGCGAGUCCACAGAGUCGCCGUUGUAAAUGCCAAAGUUUAAAUGCUAAUCAUGUAAUCAUUUAGUCAGGAUUUAGUUGUUCGUCGUUGUUGAUAAGCAAUUAAGCUCGUUGUCGGUAAAAAAAUUAAUUGACGGUCACUUUGCGUUACUGCGAACCGAAAACGAUGAGAAAGUAAAGAGGAUCGAUAUCGAUGAAGUUGGUAACGAUGAUUUUUCGUCCGGGCUGACCAGUCGGGGAGAGAAUAAAGAGUGAAAGGAUAGGAAAAGAGGGCAAGUGCGAGUGAAGAAUAAAGACGAUCGAGGUCAGCCAAUCCGAACCAUCGAUGGCUCGUCACUCGAGUCAUCCGUCCGACAGUCUCUUAUUUUUGGGAGAUUUUUGCGAGAGGAGGUAACGUAACCGAUACAUAUUUUUUCAUGUGAUACGAAUUUGUUACAGAGAUAGCCUAGUUUCACCUGUGAUCUGUUACUUAGUUCCCAUUAUCCGUUGGUCGCUGCGUGCAAUAUCCUCGUACGAUUAUGAUUAAACGAUAAUAAUUACGUAACGGUAACGAUAAUAGCGAUAAUAGAUAAUAACGAUUAACGAUAACGGUAAAUUAAGUGGGUAAUGAUUGUAAUUUUCAGUAUAAAUGCAGCAACGACGCGUAAUUAAGGCGCGACUCGAGAAGACGUCCGUGGUGUUACAAUAAUAAUUAGUUUCUUGAUAAGGAUUUUAAUUCGUGACGGUUGUGAAGCGAAUUUUUUGUUGGACGCCGAGUCCUGUGUUUAACUUAUCAUCGAUUAAUUAUCUAGAAUCCACGUCAUACGUAGGCAAGUGCCAUAAUGUUAAAGCGGAUAGAGUUUAAAAUAUUUUUUUUAGAAUUUAUUUCGCCUGUCAAAAGUUAUAGUUUUGUUCCAGUUAAUUGAUUUUGACUGUGGAGCCUACGCUACUGAUGGUAGCUUCUCAAGUGUUAAAGAUUUAUACGGGAUAGAAAUGUUUAACCAUUUCGCGUCGGCAGUUCAGUCCGCUAAAGUGCCAUCACCGAACGGAGUUUCCGUGGAUGACCGUGUGGAUGCCGGAUAUAUCCGGCGUUCGUACGUACAGGUCGUCGCGCGGAUGCCGGAUAUAGGCGCUCGAAGCGAAAGGGUUAAAUUAUGCUAUCUCUCUUGCAGCACGGUAUUGGCUGGAAUACUCAUCAUACUCUCAUUUGUUAGUAAGCAAUUUGAAAGAAGCAAUUUGGAAGAGAAACAUCGUGGCCAGUCCUGUGCUGCGAAAAAAGGAUGGCAUGUACAUAGAUAAACUGUAUCUCUCUCUUUUUACAGCUCUAUCUACGUUUUCGACACACAUGGAAGCUACCUCCAGUAGUACAUGCUCUAAGGAUUUCUAAUGAAAUCACGAGUGAACGUGAUACUAGUCUUAGUUUAUGCUUCUUUCAAAAACUGAUAUUCCUGUUCCUGCGUCGUGUCUAUUAUAUUUAUAUUUAUAUUCUAUUAGAAUAUCCCAUUUUGUUAUUUUUGUUACCAAAGUGAAAUGUAAACAGUUUUCUUUUUAUAUAUCAUGUAUAGAUGUGAGCCUAAUGUAUAAUAUGAAAGAAUUUUUUAUUUUAUCAGCAGACCCAUUCUCUUUUGAUUAUGUUGAGUGUAAUUGCGUACUCGUUGUACUUUAAGCUGCCAGUAUUAUUAACUAUAAUCGAUAAUGCAUAUCCAUGUUAACGCUUAAGACAUUAUAUUGUCCCCCUCCCACCUCACCUCGUACACCCUUAACGGAUGAUUAUGAGAAAAUGAAAAAAAAAACGAAGUAUAAUCUAUCUGUACGUACAUUUGUUUGCCAUUCUAUUUAUUGCAUUGUGUCGUUAUAUGCCAAUGACAUGUUCAUGUCAUAGUCCCGUGUAUACCGUUGAUUUAAUCGUAAGAUUAUAGCGAGGUAAUUCAUGGUAAUCUUAUUAUAUUAGGUAUAUUAGCGAACGUAGAAUUAAAAAAAAAACGCCAUUCACCAGAACGAGACAAAAAAAACUUGAAACUAACGCAAGAACAAAGCAGUCGUAAAUUAUUGUGGUAGACACUAAAACUUGUAGAUACUUCCUGUACCUUGAAAUUUGAUAUAUGAAGUAGUAUUUAGCUUGACGUAUACUCUUCUAUACGUACAUACGUAAAUAUUCUAUUACUAUUACCAGAAACACUAGUGCAUAGCCGUUUAUAGGACGAUCGGAAGUUAAUCGAAACUGAAGAAUGGGAAACGAGCUCCGAUGAUGUAUAGACGCAACUGGAUGCGCUGUGUAUACACUCGUUAAACGUAAACGGUUUUCGAGCAGUGUGAUGUGCAAUAAUAAAAAAGAAAGAAAACGAAUAGCGACCUAGUGCGGUCGUACACAAUGCGUGGAUGUGAUUCGGUCUCUCUUUUUUUUUCGUUUUAGCAUGACAGACCCCACCGAUGUUCCAAAUCGACUUUACUAGAUAGUCUUGUGUACUCCGAAACUCCAUCUUAAUAAUAAAACAUUUAAUAAAACAA